AUGGUUUCAUUCAAGAAUUUGUUCAUAUGUACAAUAUUAUUAACUCAAGUACAAUGUAUUUCAAUUUUAUUAAAAGCUUUAUCAGCAAUUAAACCGCAAGAAGUUUCAAUUUCUCAAAAAUUAUUUUCCUUUAAUAGAUAUUCAAUUGAUAAUUUACCAGGUGGAGAUAAUACAAAACCUGUACCUGGAGAUUCUCCAAUUGAAAUUUGUGAUUUUAAAGAAUCACAAUUAUUAAAAUUACAAGAAAUUAUAAUUGCUCCUAAUCCUCCUAAAGCAGGAUCAAAUUUAACAUUUACAGCAACUGGUUAUAUAAGUAAAACAAUUGAAGAUGGUGCAUAUGUUGAAGUUGAUGUUAGAUAUGGAUUUAUUAAAUUAGUUCAUCAAACAUUUGAUUUAUGUGAAGAAGUUCAAAAAGUUGAUUUAGAAUGUCCAAUUCAAAAGGGAAAUCAAAUUAUAUCAAAAGUUGUUGAAAUUCCACAAGAAGUUCCACCAGGUAAAUAUUUAGUUAAUGCAAGAGCAUAUACAAAAGAUGAUGAAUAUAUUACUUGUUUAACUGCUCAAAUUGAAUUUCCAAUACAAUAG